CAUUCAGUCACUCACUUCCGUGUGGUGAAUGUGCGCAAGCACGAGACUGACAUUUAUUCAGUUUAAAAAACACUAUUUGUGUUUUUUGUUCAUUUAAACUCGUUUUCGUUGUCGCCAUGGGAACGCAGACAGGAAGUGACGAGGCUUCAGCGGACACUUUUUAUCCGAGUGACGCGGAAAUCGAGAAAUGGAUGAGCAACGCGUUUGACACGGCCAAAGAUGCUCUGGAGAACGGAGAAGUUCCUGUGGGAUGUCUGAUGGUUUACGACGACCACGUCAUCGCGAGAGGACGCAACGAGGUCAACGAGAGCAAAAACGCGACUCGUCACGCUGAGAUGGUCGCCCUGGACCAGCUGCUGGACUGGUGUCGCCAUAGCAACGUGGACGCGAGGGGUGUGGGCCUGUACGUCACCGUGAGCCGUGUCAUUGUGUGUGUGUGUGUGUGUGGCUCGCUCCUUCACUCUCUCUCAGAAAUCCCCGUGGUGGUGUUUGGCUGCAGUAACGAUCGUUUCGGAGGAUGUGGUUCAGUUUUGGAUGUUUCGUCUGUGAACUUACCUGAGACCGGGACACCGUUUAAGUGUGUUUCAGGUCACAGAGCAGAUGAAGCCGUGGAGAUGCUGAAGACUUUCUACAAACAGGAAAAUCCAAACGCCCCGAAACCUAAAACGAGGAAGGAGUGAAAGUCAUUUUUUAUUUCUUCACAUGUUGCACAUUUCUACUUGCGUUGCACCUUUUUCAUGUUUUUGUAACAAUAAUAAAAAAACUGUGGUUUAAAAUAAA